AUGAAGUUAGAAGUCUUCGCCCCCCGCACCUCUUACGAGGAGAAGACGGCUAGCGACCUGGAAGGCAUUGGCGGCAGCUGUGCCCCGUCGCCUCUCUCAGCAGCUGGUGAGGACGACCUGGGAUCGGAUGGGGACUGUGCUGCCAAUAGCCCGUCCUGCAGCAGCAGCACCAGCAACAGCUCAGGGGAAUUGGCUGCUGAGUGCAGCCACAGCAGCAGCAGCGGAGGCGAAGGGAGUGAGAGCGGCUGCUCUGGCGAAGACCCCUCGUUAGUAGCCCCGGCCACCGAAGGCGAUGCGAAUGAACCAGGAGGAAACUCCAGCGGGAGCAGCAGCAGUAGCGGCAUCGGAGGUAACCCCAGCGGCAGCAACUGCGAGGGAGGAGGCGGGCGAAGCAAACCCUACACGCGGCGACCUAAGCCCCCUUACUCUUAUAUAGCGCUCAUUGCCAUGGCCAUUCGCGACUCGGCCGGUGGCCGCCUGACGCUAGCCGAGAUCAACGAGUAUCUCAUGGGCAAGUUCCCCUUCUUCCGCGGCAGCUACACUGGCUGGCGCAACUCUGUGCGGCACAACCUCUCGCUGAACGAUUGCUUCGUCAAGGUGUUGCGCGACCCUUCCCGCCCCUGGGGCAAGGACAACUACUGGAUGCUCAACCCCAAUAGCGAGUACACUUUCGCGGACGGGGUCUUCCGCCGCCGCCGCAAGAGACUCAGCCACAAGACAGCGGCGCCCCCGUCUUUGCAGCCGGAGGAGAGCGCUCCGGCCGCGGCCGCCGCCGCCGCUGCUGCUGCGGCGGCGGCUGCAGCUGUGGCAGCCGCUCACCCGGCCGGCGCCGCCCGCCUGCUGCUGCCGCCGCCACCUCCUCCUCCCCCGACCUCUGUGGGCCGUGGCAACACCGGCGGCGGCGGCGGCGGCGGCAGCAGCGCAGCGCCCUCUGCUUCCACCUCCUCCUCGUCCCUGUCUCCGUCCUCCUGCUCCCGGGGCUGCAAGGAGGAAAACACGAGCCCCACGGGCAAGUUCUCCAGUUCCUUUGCCAUUGACAGCAUCCUCAGCAAGCCCUUCCGCCGCCGCGGAGACCAGGGCGCAGAGACCCGGUCCUUCCCACAGCCCGCAAGGUUGCUGUGGUCGGCCGCGGCCGGCGCUUCCUCCUUACCGGGCGCAGCUGGAUACCCGAACUUAACCGCCUUCCCUCCAGCCCCGCACCCACAGCAGCAGUCCCCGAUGUUCCCUAGGGGAGGUGCGCGGGCGGUCGCCCCAAGCGGGACCCUCUUGCAGCUGUACGCAUACGGAAUGGGCGAGCCGGUGCUCCUGGAGACGCGAAGGAGGGAGGCGCCGCUGGCUCCAGCUUCCGAGCCUCCCGCGGAGCAGCCCCAGGCGCCGCAGCUUUUCCUUACUCCUUCCUUCUCCGCUGCCCCGGCCAAGGCUUUCCGAAGCCCGCUGGCUGCGGGCAGUUCGCAGUUGUACUGCCCCCUCCGGUUAUCCGGAGCCUUACAAGCAGCCUCAGGAUGCAGCCCUAGCACUUACCAACCUUACCCCAUGGAGACUCUUCUCGCCUAA